UGUUCAACCGUUAGAUCCUUUCAUCAAUAUUUGCGUCUGCACAGCCACUGACGGAAUACGAGAGAGAGAGAGAGAGAGAGAGAGAGAGAGAGAGAGAGAGACGAUGCGAGGGUCGAGCUCCUGGACGCUGCUCUACCCAGGUUGAUCUCAUUUUUUCUCUUGCAAUUUGGUCCCCAACGAUCAAAUUGAAAAGCAGAGAUGUUUCCACAAUUCGGUGCCACAGCUGAGAGCCUGAGCAAAGCGUCGUCUUUGGUGUUUCGGAUCGGUACUGAUGCUCACCUGUACGACGAUCCCGAUGACGUCAAUAUCGCUCCCUCACUUGAAAGCCGUUACGACUCAGAGAUUUGUGAAGCUUUGAAGCGAUUGCUCGCUUUCAUCGCUCAGGGCUUCGAUGUGUCCAGGUUCUUUCCCCAGGUUGUUAAGAACGUUGCAUCUCAGUCAUUAGAAGUAAAGAAGCUUGUUUACUUGUACUUGCUUCAUUACGCAGAUAAGCGUCCAAAUGAAGCAUUACUAUCAAUUAACUGUUUCCAGAAGGAUUUGUCUGAUCCAAAUCCAUUGGUGCGAGCGUGGGCCCUACGUGCCAUGGCUGGAAUACGUCUACACGUAAUUGCUCCCAUAGUUCUUAUGGCUGUGAGCAAAUGUGCCAGAGACCCAUCUGUAUAUGUUAGAAAAUGUGCUGCCAAUGCUAUUCCCAAGCUGUAUGAUUUGCAUCAGGAAGAAAAUGCUUCUACACUUGAAGAGAUUGUCAAUAUAUUACUGAGCGACCAGUCCCCUGGAGUUGUUGGUGCUGCAGCUGCUGCAUUUAUCUGUGUCUGUCCUAAUAAGUUAUCACUGUUAGGAAGAAACUUUAGAAGGUUAUGUGAGACUCUCCCUGAUGUUGAAGAGUGGGGUCAGAUUGUUUUGAUCGGGAUCCUACUACGGUAUGUAGUGGCAAGACAUGGGCUUCCAAGAGAAUCCAUUUUAUUCUCUUCUCAUUCUACUCGGGGUUCCUGUUCUGAAGAGGAUGGUGUGGACCAUGCUGCAUCGGAGAAAGACUCUGGCAAUGUAGGAGGCAUGGCGUAUGAGUCUGAAUUAACUACUUUAUUGUCCAGAUGUUACAUUGAAGGACCGGAUGAAUAUUUGUCACGAUCAGGUUUAACAAGUAUGGAUGCCUCUGGAUUGGAUCCUGCAAAUUUUACAUCCAGCAAAAAUAAUGAAGAUGUAAGGAUUUUGCUGCAAUCCACAUCACCCUUGUUAUGGAGUCAUAACAGUGCAGUGGUACUUGCAGCUGCUGGGGUACACUGGAUUAUGACGCCCAGGGAGGACGUGAAUAGGAUUGUUAAACCUCUUCUAUUUCUUCUGAGAUCGUCCAGUGCCUCAAAAUAUGUGGUUCUUUGCAACGUUCAAGUGUUUGCCAAGGCAAUGCCUUCCCUUUUUGCACCUCACUUUGAAGACUUCUUCAUAAGUUCUUCAGAUUCGCAUCAGAUAAAAUCUUUGAAGCUUGAAAUACUGUCUACAAUUGCGACAGAUUCGUCGAUUUCCUUAAUUUUUCAAGAGUUCAAGGAUUACAUUAAAGAUCCAGAUAGAAAAUUUGUCGCUGCUACUAUUGCUGCAAUUGGCUUAUGUGCACAAAGACUUCCGAUGACUGCAAACACUUGCUUGGAAGGACUUCUGGCUUUGACUAGACAGGAAUCUUUGACUAGUGAUUUGUGCUUGAUGGAUGGAGAAGCAUGUGUUUUGGCUCAAGCAAUCAUGUCUAUUAAAGCUAUCAUAAAGCAGGAUCCAGCCAGUCAUGAAAAGGUGAUUAUUCAGUUGGCUCGAAGUUUGGACUCGAUUAAGGUACCUGCAGCCCGUGCAAUGAUUAUUUGGAUAGUGGGAGAGUACAACUCCGUCGGGCAGAUAAUCCCAAGGAUCUUAUCAACUGUACUUAAGUACCUUGCUUGGUGCUUUACUACAGAAGCGUUGGAAACAAAGCAUCAGAUUCUUAGUACUGUUGUUAAGGUUGUUUUAUUUGCACAAGGGGAAGAAACAGGGACGUUCAAAACAAUCUUAACUUAUGUUUUGGAACUGGCUAAAUAUGACCCAAACUACGACAUUCGUGAUCGAGCGCGUGUUCUGAAGAAAUUGCUAUCUUGUUACAUCUCUUCACAAGUCCUCGAGAAAGGAACAACAUGUCAUUCCCACGAUACAUAUUCACAAAAUCUACUUGUGGAACACAUAUUUGGUGGAAAGACAAAAUUAACAUCAUCCACGCCGAUUAAUGAUCGGUUUUAUCUUCCUGGUUCUCUUUCACAGAUAGUUCUUCAUGCUGCUCCAGGAUAUGAACCUCUUCCGAAGCCUUGUACACUUCUUUAUGAUGACCUUGGUCAGCACACAGACAUAGUUCAAGGGAUAAAAGGGUCAGACAAGGGAACCACCAAUAAUGAUUCUUUUGGGAUGAAUGAUCCUGAUACACUAUCUGGAUCUUUGGAUGAAGAAAGUGCUUCUAGUUAUGGUUCCCAAUAUUCUAUUACCAGUUCAGAUAAAAGUGAAGACUCUGGUUCUGCGAGUGAAGUUGAUGAUAAUAAUGAUUCCCUUAUUCAAUUGUCAGAUGCUUGUUCUUCUCAUAAUAAACCCAGUGGAAUUGCUGAGGAGGAUGAUUCGAUGCCUUUCUCUGAUGAAUUGAGGGGAUUGAUGUCUAAGAGAGCACUAGAAUCAUGGUUGAAUGAACCAUCUGGUUUGUCACAAGUGAGCUCAUCCAUACAAAAGGUGCCGUCUAAUGCAAGAAUAUCUUUAAGGGACAUUGCUGAUAGAGUAAAGCCAAAAAUCUACACUCUUUUAGAUCCUGCAAUUUCAAGUGGCUUGAGGGUGGAUUAUUUAUUUUCUUCUGAGGUUUCAACCAUAUCCCAAUUGCUUUUAUGCGUAGAAAUUUUCUUUGAGAAUCAUUCAACAGAACCCUUGGAAAAUAUCAGCCUGACUGAUGAGGAAUCUAAUCAGAGUCCAGAAUCUGCUAACCAAGCAUCAGAAAAACAUGAAAGCUCUUCCAUGCCUUCUGACGUGCCAACAGUAAUUCCCAUGGAAGAGAUUACAAGUCUACAACCAGGUCAAAUGGAGAAAAAAGUCCUCCAAGUCCGUUUUCAUCACCACCUCUUACCUCUCAAGUUGGUUAUAUGGUGCUGUGGGAAAAAGCACCCUGUUAAGUUGCGUCCUGAUAUUGGAUAUUUUGUAAAACCACUUCCCAUGGAGAUUGAAGCCUUUACUUGUGAAGAGUCUAAGCUUCGUGGAAUGUUUGAAUACACUCGGGGGUGCACCUUUGUUGACCAUAUUGAGGAGCUAAACCAUGAGAAGGAUCACAGUGCAUUAACAAAAGACAGAUUUCUGGUAGUUUGCCAGAGCCUAGCUUUAAAGAUGCUCAGCAAUGCAAAUCUUUUCCUUGUCUCUGUGGAUAUGCCAGUUGCUGUUAAUCUUGAUGAUGCAUCAGGUUUGUGCUUGCGUUUCAGUUGUGAGAUCUUGAGCAACUCUGUUCCCUGCUUAAUAACUCUCAAUGUAAAAGGUAAAUGUUCUGAACAAUUGAAUGUAUCUGUAAAAGUCAACUGUGAAGAAACCAUUUUUGGUUUAAAUCUGCUGAACAGAGUUGUAGCAUUUCUAAGUUGAAACCCAUUUUUACUUUGUCACAAAAUUUGGCAUUUGUAGUGAGAACAGGAGUUGUUUUU